CGGAUUACAAAGCAGUUCACUCAGUCAGUAAACCCACGCACACUUACUUUCUCUUUUUUUAAACUAUUACCAGAGGUAGAAGAAGUCCAGGCCACUUCUCAGAAGUUGUGUUUAGCUCCAUUCCUGGGCUGCAUCGGAAUUUUGAAAAGGACACUAAGGACUUUGGGCUUUGUACCAACAAUGGACAGCGUGCUGCACAAUCUGUCCGUCUGUCAAAAAGAGACUAUCAGCGUUUGUGUUCGGGAUCCACGGUUUUGUAAAGAUGACCUCUGGCACUCGCACAUCGACUAUGAGAUUUGUUUACAAACCAACAGCAUGUGCUUUCGAAAGAAGACUUCCCGUGUGAGGCGGCGUUACAGUGAAUUUGUCUGGCUGCGUCAUUGCCUGGAACAGAACGCUCUGGUCAUGGAGCUGCCCAAGUUGCCCCCCCGGAAUCCCUUUUUCAGCCUGAAGAACACAGAGCAGGUCACGCAGAGGAUGAAGGGCUUCCAGGAGUUUUUGGAAAGAGUUCUCCAUACGACUUUUUUGUUAUCGGACAGUCGGCUCCAUCUGUUCCUCCAGUCAGACCUCAGCAUCACCAGGAUGUCGAGGUGUGCUCUCGGUAAGACGAGGUACACAGUGGCCGAAGCCAUACAGCGAUCCGGCAGCGGUUUCACCACCACAUCGGAGAAGGCCACCAGUGACUCGGACUGUGAAAGCUCCUCCUCGUCGGGUCUGGGGCAGAGCGUGGACACUCAAACGCGAGGGAGCCCCGUCCCCUCCUUGGAGUGCUGACAGAGACCCCGCAGCUGUUCUUCUCCUUCCGCCACUCGUUGUGCCCCCGACACGCAGCCCUUUGUCCCAAUCAACCGGUUUGUGACGCAACAUGGAGCCAUUACUUUCCCUCGUCGUCUUCCAUGGAUUAAAACAUGUUUAAUGUGGGUUUUUUUUUGUUAACUCCAUUGUACCCCCUUUUUCACAUUUGUUUUAAGAAUUUCUUUGACGGCAAUAUCAUGGUGAUUUAAAUUGGCUUGCCUGAAAGAAAUGUUUUAAAAGAAUGUAUAGUAAACAUUUAAAAGGGUGAUUUCUUAAAUAUUUACUAUGUAUAUAUUUUUAUUUGCACUGAAACUACUGAGUUUAGCAAGGGAUGGGUUUUGAAUUAUUGACUGGAUUUUUAGAAAAAUAUGUGAUUUUAUGAGAUGCAUAUGGAUAAAUAAAUUGUCUUU